AUGGCUUCAAAGUUUCUUAGAGAAUAUAAGCUAGUUGUUGUCGGUGGUGGUGGUGUCGGAAAGUCUUGUUUGACCAUUCAAUUGAUUCAGAGUCACUUCGUGGACGAAUAUGAUCCGACGAUUGAGGAUUCGUACCGCAAGCAGUGCGUCAUUGACGAUGAGGUCGCUUUGUUGGAUGUUCUAGAUACUGCCGGCCAGGAGGAAUAUUCGGCGAUGCGCGAACAAUACAUGCGGACCGGCGAAGGCUUCCUUCUCGUCUACUCGAUAACGUCGCGUCAGUCAUUUGAAGAAAUCAUGACGUUCCAACAGCAGAUCCUGCGAGUCAAGGACAAGGACUACUUCCCCAUCAUCGUCGUCGGAAACAAGUGCGAUUUGGAGAAGGAGAGGGCUGUCACAGAAGAAGAGGGCGAGGCGCUAGCACGGCAGUUCGGCUGCAAAUUCAUCGAAACCUCCGCCAAGUCUCGCAUCAACGUUGAGAACGCUUUCUACGACCUCGUGCGCGAGAUCCGUCGGUACAACAAGGAGAUGUCCUCAUACCCGUCCGGGGCGGGCGGCUUCGGCUCCCGCGCCCCCGAGGGCAAGAUGGACGUCAGCGAGCCUGGCGAGAGUGAAGGGUGCUGUAAAUGUAUUAUAAUGUAA